CCUAGAGGCCAGUCAUCCCUGACAAGGCCAGAGCAGGCCUGGCCACCUGGAGGGUGAGCAGGCUGCAGUUGCGGAUGGAGGCCUCUCAGGCAUCGAGGGCAGCCUGCCAGCCCUGAGAGACGCCCGAGAACCGUGGAAUCCCGUGCCCUUAAAACUUCCAGAGAAACUUACUGAGUCACGAAGUGGCCCGAGAGGACUCUGUUCUUUAUUUUGCUGACGCUCAGAAGAGAAUGCUGUAGACAUGUUUAACCCACACGUGUUAGAGUCUCCAGCUGUGAUUUUUGACAACGGGUCGGGGCUCUGCAAAGCUGGUCUGUCCGGAGAGAUUGGGCCUCGCCAUGUUGUCAGCUCCAUUGUGGGGCACCCGAAAUUCAAGCUGCCCUUGGCUGGAGCCAACCAGAAGAAGUACUUUUUGGGUGAAGAAGCCCUGUCUAAGUAUGAAGUCUUAAAUCUGAGUUACCCCAUCGACCGAGGCCUCAUCACGGGCUGGGAGGACAUGGAGAAGCUCUGGAAGCAUCUCUUUGAGUGGGAGCUGGGCGUGAAGCCAAGUGAUCGGCCGGUGCUCAUGACCGAGCCCUCUUUGAACCCAAGGGAGAACCGAGAGAAGAUGACCGAGAUCAUGUUUGAGAAUUUCAGAGUGCCUGCCUUCUACCUGUCAGACCAGGCGGUGCUGGCCCUCUAUGCCUCUGCCUGUGUCACAGGCCUGGUGGUGGACAGCGGGGAUGGGGUCACCUGCACUGUCCCCAUCUUCGAGGGCUACUCCUUGCCUCAUGCAGUCACCAAACUCUAUGUGGCAGGCAGGGACAUCACAGAGUUCCUCACCCGGCUUCUCCUGGCCAGCGGGAGGACCUUGCCGUGCUUGCUGGACAAAGCCCUGGUGGACGACAUCAAGGAGAAGCUGUGCUACGUGGCCUUGGAGCCAGAGAAAGAGCUCUCCCGGAGGGCCGAGGAGGUGCUGAGAGAGUACAAGCUGCCCGACGGGAACGUCAUCUUCGUCGGGGACCAGCUCUACCAGGCGCCCGAGGCCCUCUUCACACCCGAGCACCUGGGCAUCCACAGCCCGGGCCUCUCCAAGAUGGUCUCCAGCAGUAUUGCCAAGUGCGAUGCCGACAUCCAGAAGACCCUCUUUGGGGAAAUCGUGCUGUCUGGGGGCACCACUCUGUUCCAGGGGCUUGAUGACCGGCUGCUUAGGGAGCUGGAGCAGCUGGCUGCCAAAGGGACCCCCAUCAAGAUCACAGCACCCCCCGACCGGUGGUUCUCCACGUGGAUUGGGGCCUCCAUCGUCACCUCUCUGAGCAGCUUCAAGCAGAUGUGGGUCACUGCCGCGGAUUUCAAGGAGUUCGGAACCUCUGUGGUCCAGAGAAGGUGCUUCUGAAGGGCCAGUGCCUGGCAGCCAUGGGGAGUGAGCUCCACCCUCAGUAUCAGCAUAUUCAAUAAAAGACAAAACGAUGGAGUGUU